UUUAAUCUUCGAUUUGUGUAUCUAAAGUUCAGUGCCGAUACCAUCAAAAUGCCCAAAUCGUGUGUUGUAGGCGGGUGCGUCCAACGCUUCAGGUUGCGAGGACAUCAGGAGUUGGAUACAGGGAAUAACCAACAACUUGUAUUGGGCGGCAGCGUCUACUCCCGAUGGUGACGGCGAUUUGAUGCUAGCCAAAUUUUCAAGUGUUGUCAACCAUAUCCUCAAUAUUCAUCAUCACGACAGUCUACUCUUCCCACAAUGUAGCCACGGAGAGCUUGCAGAAAGAGCACGGCUAACUCCAGAAUAUACCUUGCUGCGCUUCAUUUCAACGAGAACACCAACAGGGCACAGGCCAUGGACAGGGAGGGCAACCCAGCAUUCAGCAUCUGCUAUCCAAGGGCCAAGCAGACAACGGGAGGAUAUACUGUCAGGAAGAUGCUGAUACAGGCCACUCACAAUUUCAACAAGAGGAUCGUGGAAAAGGUUCUGUUACUCUGCGCAGCUGGGGCAGACACCAGAGCCAACUACCCGGAGCUGAAGGCAAAUCCUGGAUAUCUAACAGCCAAGGUAACUCGCCCUAACAAAACACAGGCUGUGAAAGAAUUUGUGUCAAGGUUUGGUAAAGCGGUGGAGCCUAUGGGAAGACCAGAGGGUACUGAAGGUGUGGUUGUUCCAGCAAGUAUUGCAACAAAGAAGAAGAAGAGCAAGCAUGCUGACAAAAGGCAUACCGAGGGCCAACAAGAGGGAGAACCUUCAUCCAGAAAGAAACGCAAGAAGUAA